AUGGCCGGUGGCGUAACGGUUAAAGACGUUAAUCCCCAUGAAUUUGUGAAAGCUUAUGCGAAUCACUUGAAAAAAGCUGGUAAAUUGGAAAUACCAAAAUGGGUUGACAUUGUAAAGACGGCGGCUGUUGCUCGACACAUUUAUCUCCGUAGUGGAGUUGGCGUUGGCGCGUUGAGAAAGCUUCAUGGUGGCCGUAAACGAAGAGGCACACGUCCAUCACACCAUGCCAAGUCCUCAGGAUCAAUUGCUCGCAAAGUCCUUCAGGCCCUAGAAAAGAUUAAUGUCUUAGAAAAAGAUAGCAGAGGUGGCCGUAAAAUCACUCAAGAUGGACAACGAGAUCUUGAUAGGAUUGCUCUAAUGUGUCUCAAAG